AUGCGAGCAGAGGUUAUGCUCGAAGGCUGGGAUGAGGAUGAAUACAUGCCCAGCAACGAACAGGAAAAAGCCCUGGACCUUAUGGGAUCAACUCUCAUGGGACAUGCCGCCAGUGGCUGUGUCGUUGAGCUCAUUCGGCAUUUCUCUGGAAGUCAAGUGGGCUUCGGCUGGACUUUGCACACAGCGACAUUUCGUGGCGUUUUUGGAGAUAAAUUUGACGAUGGAAACACGCCAGAAGACAAGGACAGAUACGACUUGACUUUGACACAACGGACAACAGCCGUCAUUACGGCUAUCCCAGAUCAGGUUGAUUUCAUUGCAGCAGAUGGCAACCUUUUUGCACAACGAAAUUUGAAGAAUUCAUCUCAUAGUGAUUACUUGACCUCCACACUUGUGGAGAAGGUGGACGCAGCAGUGACAUAUUGGAAUGUCAUGCCCCAGCACUACAACAACCACGUCACCUACCAGGUCGUUUCAUCAACAGCAGCCGAAGGGUGGCUAAAGGCCCAGAAGGGCGAGGACUAUGAUGCAGACUGCAUUCUGCUCGUUUCCCUCUGCUAUGGGAAGCAGACCGUCAUCCAAAGUGAACGAAGACUCAAGGGUCAAAAGAUGACAGCCACUGAAAAAGGGUCACCCAUCGUACGGGAAGACGAGUACAUCAUCAACGACCAAGAACGUCCUAAGCACCUCAUUCGUCAAGAUCUCGGACUGACCUUGACUGAUAAAGAUUGGCAUAAUCCUUUGUUAUGCACCAUCAGACUUCGACCACUGAAGAACAAUCGUCAGCGGUCAGGAGCCACCGCAGAACGGCGAAAGUCCGAGGCAAGGAAUUAUUUUCAGUACAUUGGACAGAAAGAGGACACAACACAACACCGACAACGGUACACCCAAGGACAAUUGCCACCCGACAACGGGAUGUGA